GAUAAAAAUGAUGUAAAUUUUUAAUUGAAAAAUUAUUAAAAACAAUUCGACUGCUAAUAAAAUAUUGAAAAAUAAAAAUGGUUACUCGCGCCUCGAGUGUGCCACAGCUUAAUAGCAGCGGUGGCAGUAGUAGUGGUAGUUAUAAAGGUUCCAGUGGUGGGCGUGGUCGUCCCACCAACCAAAAGGGACGUCGUUCUACAGGUGGCAAAUCGGUUACACCAAAUUCUCGUAAUCGUGAUCAACAGCAACAUGGUGCUAUUGGACCACGUUCACGCAGUCUUAUAAAUGGUAUGCGUCGUGUUAGUCCCCAAAAACAAUCAGUGGGCAGUUCAGGUUCUAGAAAUACUCCGGUUUUCUUACGUUCUCGAGAGAAUGAAAUUGGCAGUGCGGAUACUUUGGAAAUAGUGGCGUCAAAAUCUACUGGCAGUGAACCCUCAACGCCCGAAGACAAUAUCAAUGUGGUGGUGAGAGUAAGACCCCUAAAUGAAAAAGAAAAACGUGAUAGACAUGGUUCUAUACUACAAUUUCCGGGAAAUGGCCAAAUUAUAAUUGAAAGUCACGAUUCAGCCAAAAGUCGUAAUCGUGAAAGUGUGCGCGUUUUUACCUAUAAUGUGGUCUUUGAACCUGGUGCUACUCAGGAGGAUAUACUCGAUUACUCGGGUAUUAAACGUAUUAUUGAAAUGGCAAUUGAGGGUUUCAGUUGUACAGCAUUUUGUUAUGGCCAAACCGGUUCUGGUAAAACACAUACACUAACCGGACCUCCCGAUUUGUUUAUUGGUAAACCAAAUCCUAAAGAUCGCCGGCAUGGUCUUAUCUUCCGUUCGUUUUUGUACCUCUUCCUACUGAUCAAAAAUCGCCAAGAUAUAUCAUACGUUUUGAAGGCAUCAUUUAUGGAAAUCUACAAUGAACGGGUUAUCGAUUUACUUAACCCUGGUUCGGCUCGUAAACCUCUCUCAGUACGAUGGUCCAAAAAGUCGGGAGGUUUCUUUGUGGAAAAUCUUUUUACAGUGGACUGCGAAGAGUUAGAUGAUUUAUUGGCGGUAUUGGAAGAAGGAAUGCGCAACAGAGCUGUGGGAUCUCAUGCCAUGAAUGAUCAUUCCUCCCGAUCCCACACUAUACUAACGGUGCACAUAAUAUCCGAACAGCAAACUGAUGGUGGAGUAUUUUUAUCGAAACAUGGUAAAAUCAAUUUUGUAGAUCUAGCUGGAAGUGAACUCACUAAGAAAACAAUGAGCGAGGGAAAAACUUUAGAGGAAGCCAAUAAUAUCAAUAAAAGUUUAAUGGUAUUGGGUUACUGUAUUGCCUCACUAAGCGAUAGUAAAAAACGUUUUGGUCACAUACCCUAUCGAGACAGUCAAUUGACCAAAUUACUAGCCGAUAGUUUGGCCGGUAAUGGUGUUACUCUUAUGAUAGCUUGUGUCUCACCGGCCCAAUAUAAUUAUGCUGAAACUUUGAAUACCUUACGUUAUGCAUCGCGUGCCAAGCGCAUACGUACUAAACCAGUCAUUAUGAUGGAUCCAAGAGAAGCUCUGAUACUUAGUCUCAAGCGUGAUGUUCAAUCUUUACAAAUGGAGAAUGAACAUUUAAAAGCCGCCUUGAAUUUACAUCACAAUUCGAUUAAAGAAGUUGGUAUUGAGGGUUCAGAAAUGGUGGAAAUUCCUACAGAUCAUGGUGGUGUUAUACCGAAGGUAGAUUUGGAACGUUUGCCAGAACUGGAUGGCAGUGAAUUGGCGGAAUUGGUGAAAUUGUAUAUGCAAGAAAAUGAGGCUUUAAGGCAAGAGAACAAUCAUUUGUUUACGGUGCGUGAGACUAUACUCAGGGAUCAGGAGAUAGUGUGUCGAGAAAAUGAACGUUUACUUAAGAAACUGGAGGAUGUUAACAAAGUUUGUGUUCGUUCUCCUCUAAUACCUGCCAGGCCAGCAAUGUCAUCGGGUUCGGGCAGUGAAACAGCAGGAACUGAAAUUUGGACUAAUCCACAGGACUCGCAGACAGAUGAAGAGAAUCCUCCCAACCUACAAGGCCGCAUUUCGGAAAACAAUGAAAAACGUUCACAUGAAGAACAGCGUGAAAUCGAUCAGCAACGUAUUGCUCGUAAUAUUUUGGAAAUGGCCAAUAAUUUUCCCAAAAUUCUUAUGGAAGAAAAGAAGGAAGAAAAAAAUAACCAAGAGACAAAUGAUCAAAAUACAGUACAAGUUGAUUUGCAUUCUCCCAACAAUGGCUUAAUGCCAGACAUGUUAAUUUAAACACCUCAACGAGAAGGGAUCAAAUAAAAAUUGUUAUCACAAAAAAAUAGUUUAUAGUUUUAUAAGUGGUUUCAAUUUUUUUAUAAAAACACAUUUUAUAUAAUUAAGAGUUGAUUGAUUAAAGUUUACAUACAUAUGAAACAAUAUUUUUAUGACGCGCAAUGAUUAUAUAUUAGUAUAAUAUAUUUAA